AGUUAAUUUGGAUAGGAUGCAAAAAUGAGAGGACAUCCCUAAAGGGAUGCAAGUCUUUCCUGCUAGGAUUAAUUAACAGAGUAGCCAAUAAUUCCAUAGAGCUUAGUUAUAUGUUCCAAGAAUGUGAUGUGAACAAGGGGCAUUAAGAAAAUGAUGACUAUACUACCAGCCAAGUUGUACGAAAUCAACUGCAACUACGCAUAUACCCAACUCCUUAAAGUUUCUUGAUCACAAGAAAAAAAAAACUUAAGAGGACAUCGAUGAGGGUAACCUUAACCACCAGCAUGACCACAACAGCACCAUUCUAAUGGGCAACGUCUGUGUUGGCACAACCUGUAGUUUGUCGAAGAACGGCCUUCUUUGCGCCAUCUGGCGAAAUGGAUCAACCACCACUUCCUCCACCCCAUCCCACCCCACCAUCUCGCGCUCUGUCCCCGUCGUCCAGCCCUCUUCCCCCUCUUCACCGACCUCCGAGCCGCCACCGCCACAGCAGCAGCUCACCUCUACUGCCCCUCCAAGACCAAUUGUUAUCUCUGAGCCAGUGAGAAAGCCAACUCAACCACAUCCCAGGCCGAAACAACCGACCAAACCGCCGCCGUCAUCGAGCACCCAGCCACAGCAGAGGCAUCAGUCUCAGGUCAAGAAGCACAUCUCCAGCGCCGGGUUGCAGGUGGAGUCAGUGCUCCAACAAAAGGCGGAGAAUCUCAAGGAUAGGUACAACCUUGGGCGCAAGCUUGGGCAGGGCCUGUUUGGCACAACAUACUUGUGCGUGGACAAGGCAACCAGAAAGGAGUAUGCGUGCAAGUCGAUCGCAAAGCAGAAGCUCGUCAUUGAUGACGACGUGGAGUUCAUCCGCCGCGAGAUCAGGAUCAUGCACCACCUUGCUGGCCAUCCAAACAUCAUCUCCAUCCGGGGCAGCUACGAGGAUGCCAUGGCGGUGCACAUUGUUAUGGAGCUCUGCACUGGCGGUGAGCUAUUCGACCGCAUCAUCAGCAAGGGAUAUUACACAGAGAGGCAGGCUGCUGAGGUUGCCCGCAUCAUCGUCUCUGUCAUCGAGUCUUGCCACUCUCUCGGUGUCAUGCAUCGCGACCUCAAGCCCGAGAACUUCCUCUUCGUUAGCAACGAGGAGGAUGCGCCACUCAAACUCAUUGACUUUGGCCUCUCCAUAUUCUUCCGCCAAGGCGAGACGUUCACUGACGUGGUUGGGAGCAUGUAUUACGUGGCACCAGAGGUGUUGAGAGGGAAUUAUGGGCAGCAAGCUGAUGUGUGGAGCGCUGGCGUCAUCAUCUACAUCCUCCUUUGUGGCGUACCACCAUUCUGGGCUGAUACAAAGCAGGGGGUAUUUGACAAGGUGCUGCAUGGCAUGCUAGAAUUUGACGCGGAUCCGUGGACAAAUGUGUCGGAAGGUGCCAAGGACCUGCUUCGGAAGGUCCUUGUCCGGGAUCCUAAGGAGCGGCUCACAGCGCACCAAGUACUACGUGUGUUCAGUCCUUCCCCCUCUUCUUCUUUAACUGACUGCAACAGCCAUUCCAGGCAAUCUAACACUACUAUAUUGCUAGCAGGCCAUCCAUGGUUGGAGAUGUGCAGCAAUGGCACUGGAAAAACAACUGAACUCAACGUUGAACACUUGUACGAGAGGGAAGAGAUGUACUACAAAUGAUGAAUGAUGUAUAUGUCAAGACAUGGUAUGUGGUUUAUAUAGAGUAGAAGAUAGAGAUGAAAAAGAAGGAAUGUGAUACAAGAUCAGUCAUAUCCUUGAAUCUCUUUAACAACAAUACGGUCUAACAUUCCCCACUAUCCAAUCAUCAGCAAUGUCAAUGCUUAGGCUAGAGUAGAAACCAAUAAGAGUGUCCAAUAUAGAUAGCCCUUACGUCGUAGUUGAGGUACCCAAAGUAAAGAGUGUUCAAUAUAAGAAGGGUCUUUCCCUGAUUGCUAUGGCAAAGAUAAAUAGUAUUGUGCAUUUUCUGGCAUUUUUAACCGUUAGAUCUGGAAUGAACCACUUAGAUCAAAGUAUUACAUUAAUUCGAUAUAGUAUUUUUUACAUGUUGCAGGAAAAGUGACCCUCCAAUUUUUUCAUGGAGAAGGAACAUAAUUGGUUUGAAAUUAGUGGCCUAGAAUAGUUUAUUAUGACUCCUUGCUACUGUAUAACUAAAACAGGGGCAAGAUAAUUUUAAAUGGAGCUCGACUACUAAUGGGGAGUUCACGAUGAAAUACUAUUGUCUAGCACUACUCCAUAGUGAUGUGCCUAAUUUAAAUAUAUGUCUCUGGAAUUUAAAAGUAUAUCUUAAAGUAAAGAUUUUCCUUUGAUAUUUACGACAGGGAGUUGUUUUAACUAGGAUAAUCUAGCUAAACAUAACUAACAUGGUAAACAAAAUUGUUAUUUUUGUCAGAAUAAUGAGACAAUAAGACAUUUAUUAUUUGAAUGCCAUUUAGCCCAUUUCGUUUGUUAUAUUAUACAUGUCGAGCUAGCAAUCCCUCCACCCCCAUAGUGUUUCGCAUAUGUGUUACUAGGUGGCUUUGAAAUGUUCACAAGGAUUUCAGAAGAUAUGGUCUUUUAGGAGUGGUUGCUACUUGUUGGUUGACAUGGUUAUGCAAGAAUGAUGUGGUUUUUGAUAGAAAAUUUGUUUCCUCUUCUUUGCAGGAUAUUUUCUCAACUAUCCAUUAGCUGUGUAUUUGGGUUGUGCUACAAAAGCCUGUUUCGCAUGAUUUGGUUGUUGCGGCAUGUGUACGCUCGGAGUUGGUGGUGAAAGAGUAUUUUACCUCGCUAGGGACAUGGCUGGCAUUGCAGUCUUAGGAUUGAUGGUCUAUAAUACUUCUUGCACUCCUUUUUUAUAUAAAGUUGAGACUGCGUGUGUUUGGUUAUAUGCAUCUUACUAUAUGUUCUCAGUAUGAUUGCAUUAUCUUGAUGUAAUUGGUUGAGUUCAUUAAAGCUACAUUUAUCUAUAAAAAGGAAAAGUGAUCCUUAAAUAGAGGAUCUAGAUCCUAGAGACAGAUACAAAAAUGAUGUAUUCAUGAAAUCUUGUUCUUGUGUGUGGUUCUAUGACACUACUCCGGAAUACGUUAUUGUAGGUGACCAAAACAUGUUUUCGAAGGCGGCCCAAACUUCACCUACGAUCAAACUACACACUCCAAAAAUCUACAAGACAUUCAUUUGAUUUUCUUAGGCGGCCACCCUAAGAACCCCGCUUAUGAAAAUUGAUUUUUGCAGGUGACACUAUUAAGUCAACUGCUUGAAAAAAAUGGCUUAAAAAAGAAUGAAAACCAAGAUCAAAAUAUCCUCCAAUUCAGAAAUUCAAAUACAAUUUCACCAGGACAAACCCAAACAAGAUUUGUCAAAUUCACGAAACAAUUCAGCCAAGGACAUUGAUGGCAUCCUCUUCAACUUCUUCGGCCAGCGUCUUGGAAAAGAAGCCGAAGAACACCAUCGGCGUUAGUGAGGGAGGGCGGAGGCCGGUCGAGACAAUGAGGACAGCCAAGAGCUUCCUGCUACGAUUAGGAUGAUCGUGACGAAUAAGAGAGGUUCUCGAGGCCCGGCUGCAGAGGAUCCGGGCUCAUGAGGCUCGGCGGCCCUCGGUUUUGCAUGCCAAACUGAUAAGUCCUCCAUGGUAUACAUACCGUUUUAGGUUAGGUAUUGAUAGUCCUAUUUACACUAUUGUACUAUCAAAACUGGAGAAAAUGGGCCUGUGAAGCCAUGUUAAAACCCACCUUGUGGUGUUGGUAUGCUUGAAAUGAAAAGUGGUUUGUAGAAGAUCAUAAUACGGAGUUACGCCUAUCCCUAAUUUCGUAGUCACAUCUAAGGAUAUUCCGUGUUUACUUUCAAUCACUGCGUAAAACCAAAUUUCUAUUACACAUUCUAGGACAAGCCUGGGACACUUCCUGGGGUUGCCGGGCAGUGGCAGACGAACUCCUUAGGUACUUCCAUCUAAGCAUGGUUACCUUGUGACCACGUGCAUAUUGGAACACCCGUAGCCAAGUAAUUAGUUGGUUGAGGUAACCUCAUUUGCCAAGGGUCAUGGAUCACUAGGAUGGUGGCAGAGUAUGUCCAUGGGGUCCUGUGCACAUGAUGCCUUGUGCUUGUAUGAGUUCUAUAUAUGUUGGAAAACCACCCAAAGCUUGUUCAGGUUUUGUAGUGAAUAAUUUGUAAUAAUUAAUAGGUCUCUUGCACUGCCUGGUAUCGAUCAUCUUAAUUGUGCAAACGAUGUAGUUUUUUGUUUCCUUUUUCGCACAUCAUGGAAAACAAUGUUCCAAAGGGAUGUUCCUUCGUCUUUCCUUUCUUGUGAGUUGUGACAAAUCUUGUUUGUUCAGUCCUUUGUCCUUAUUUUUAAGCACAAUUAAUAUCACAGCAAGUGAUCAACCCAUCUUUGGACCAAUGAGCUGUACUUUACUGGUAAAAGCGAGAGACAAUGAAUGCCACUCUUACUCUCAUCACAAUAUACCAGUAUUGGUAGAAGUAAACUAGCAAAAACCACACAAGGAAAAACGAUGGAGCUGCGUGGGGAUUAUAAUAGAGGAGUUCCGUUAUAAUAAUUCCGAAAGAGUUCCGUUAUGAUUCAAGUGUGUCAUAUCUGAUAUGAAUGAGAGGCAUUAGGAAAAUGGUGGCUGUACUAGCAUACAAUUCAUGUUCUAUGAAAUCACCUACGAACACAACCACUAGCUCGGUGACAAGAUGGAACAUUUCUUGUAGGAAGAAAUUCUAGGUGGUAUGGCCUGUACGUCACAAAGGAUCGAGCUCUGCAUGAACUUCUAUGGGCACCACAAGACCACUGCCAAUGACUCAAUGAUAGGCAGUUGCACAAAUCUCAAUGAUUCUUUGGCCCAGCACAAAUUUGAUUGUUGUUCUGCACACUGUUGUGAUUGUGUGACGGAAGCCUGUGUUUUAAUUAAUUAGGAGGUCUGUUGACUACAGAUUUCAAGCUAGCUUAUGUUAUUAUUAAUUCGUGUUGUGCAAAAACAUCCCUACACCCUUGUUCAAGAGGAUAAAAUAAAACUUGUGUUCUCCUUGAACUUUAGAAAUGCUGACGAUUUGCAUUGCUCUAUUCAGGUAAUACAGAAAGAUUCAGAGACAACAUAAUAAUAAGGAAAGCAAAUGCGCAGCUGAGUUGAGUUGAGAUGCAUGAAGCGCAUAUGAAUCAUCUGGUAGUAUAUCACAAGCUAAAGAAAGCCUAUCUGCCAUGAAAGAUGUAACUACAAGUUUCACUUCUACUAUUUCUGAGGGAGGAACUACAAAGUUCUUGCAUGUUUCCUUCUUCAGGAACGGAGAGUUGGAGAGCAGAAGCUCUGCUUGGUCUUCAGCAUCCAUCAGUUUUGCACUUUGCAAACAGAUUUUGUUUGAAUUAUUAACAUUUACAUAACAAUACUCACCUUCCACUCUCAGCAUCAAUGAUUUUCACACUUAUUCACCACCUUGUCUGUCCUGCUGUCUAAUAAUUAUAUAUUUUCUUUCAUUUAUUGAAACUAUUUAUGUUCCUUGCGUUGAGAAGUAUGGGCACGAUGCAGAGAUUGUAAAUAAACAUCCUUAUAUAUUUAUCACCGCAUCUUUUGACCAAUGAGUAUUACCCAUUCUUGAGAAAGUACUGAGAGAUUUUCUACUGUAAAAUUGGUACCUUCAAAUACUAUCUCGAGGUAGAAAAAAUAGUGUAAAAUUUAGGUACCUCGAGAUACUUAUUUUGCAAGUAAAGAAAAAGAGAAUGUCACUCCUACUCUUCAUCACAAUAGAACUGAUAGUACUGUAGUGGUAGAAACAAAGUAGGCACCCACACAUGAAUAAAUUGAUCUGGGAAUUUUAAUAUAGAAAUCGAGCUCGAAUUUUGCUAUAGAGGAUACAAGAAUUCCAGACAGCCUGGCUAUGUCUCGAGAGUGUGGUAUGAAUUGGAGGCAUCAGGAAAAUGGUGGCUGUACUAGCGUACCAGUCAAGUUCUAGAAAGCAACUAUGACUACCACAUAUUUUUUGAUCACAAAGGGCAAAAAUUGGUUAUUGGCAAACAUUCCAGGUGGCACAAUCCAGCAGAGCUAUCUUAGCUCCACAAGCACUUCUACGUGCAAAAAACCGCAUAUACAGGCACUGGCAGAGCUAAAAAACUUUUAGAGCCCAGACAAAUAUUACUACAUUGAGUAUGUGUAUUGCAAAAACUCUAUUUUCAACCACUACAACACCAAAUUUGUAUUACACAUUCGCAAAUUUGUCUGGCAGUGGUGCCACUAUGCAAGAAUCAACUCCUUGAAAAAUUCUAUCUGAUUAUGGCUCCUAUCUGACCACAUACAGACUGAAAACACCGCUGCUAAUUACUAAGUAAUUACUCCUUCCGGUACUAAAACUAUUGAUGUUAUAUAGGCUUGGAACCAGCUGCUAAGUAAUUUACUCCCUCAGGCACCAAUAUUAUUGACGUUUCAGGCUUGGAACCAGAGAAUGCUAAUUGUUGACAUUUUUGUUCAGCAUGUAAUCUUGGACUGGUUGACCCUGAAUGCAUGCAAUUAAAAAAUGUCUCAACAAUAGGGAAUCGAACGCACUAGAUAUAUACAUAGAGAUGUAAUUACAAUUAGCACAGGAUCAUCUUUAAUAUGGACAAAAUAUGGAUAAACACUCUAAUAAAUUACUUCUUGAUAUGUGAGAUCAUGUUCGAAACGUCAAAAAUUUUAUAACCGGAGGGAAUAUAUAGUUUGUUAAGUUAACCUCAUGUGCCAGAGGGUAAUGGAUAGCCAUGCCAGUGAAAGUCACGUGCGUGUAUGAGUUCUUAGUGUUGGAAAGCCCAAACAUUCGUUCGGGCUUUACAUUUGCAGUGAACCAAGAAAAAUAAUGAAUAGUAGUAUGCAGUAAUAAAUAGGUCUACUGCAUUGCCUGGUAUCAAUCAUAUUCAUUGGCGCAAGUGAUUUAAUUCUCUUUUUUUUUUUGCUGUUUUUGCAUAUCGUGAAAACAAUGUUCCAAAGGGAUGUUCCUUGUGAAAAAUCUUGUUUGUUCUGCUCAGUCCAUUUGUCCUUAGCAGGGUUCAAAAUUCCGGAACGAAAUUUUUGGUCAUUUCGGACCCCAACCCCCGGUACGAUAUUAUUUUAGCUGAAAUUUUUAUUUUUUUUUUUUGAAUUUGGUAAUAUUUUAUUUAAAUUUGACCUCCGAUAGAAUCGGCCAAACCAAAAAAUUAAACCCUGAUCCUUAUUCCCUAAGUGUCGUACAAUUAAUGCACAGACUGCAAAUAAAUAAUGGAUGUUUUAUCCUUAUAUAUACAUCACCCAGUCUUUUGCCCAAUGACAAUGAGUAGUUCUUCACUGUUUAAAAAGAUAGAAUAAAUGCCACUCUUUACUCUUCCUCACAACUCAAUAGAUAGUAUUGGUAGAAGCAAUCUACGAAGCUAAACCACAUAACUUAAGGAAAGACAGUUGAGACUAUAAUAGAGGAGGCAAGAAUUCCAGAGUUUUGUUAUGACUUGAUAGUGUGAUAUGAAUAAGAGGCAUCAGGAAAGCUUCUACAAGCAUGGUCUUGAUAAGACGCAAAAGAUCUUGCUGGCAGACAUUCUAAGAUGUCUGGCCUGUAUGUCACAAAGUCUCGUGAAGUCUAGAAAAGUUGUCGAGGAUGAAGCUCCACAUGAACUCUUACAUGCACAAGACCACAGACAAUGAGAAAUUUUGAGAGAAGUUUCUUUGACCAAUCACAAAUCUCAAAGUAGUUGUGCAUACUUUUGCGAAUGUGAAGGAGAUUUGUAUUGUUAUUAAUUGAUAGUAGGUUUGUUAACGACAGAUUUCAAGGCUAUGUUAACAUCAAAUCAUGUUGUGUGUUGUCGAAUGACAACCGCGUCA